AUGGCCAACGAAGACAUGAACUCCACCCCACUUGCAACCAAAUCAUCCAUCGAGAGACAAAUUGAAGUCACGCCAGCGAUAGAUGUCGGCCAAUUCGUGUUCGCCAACAAAUAUCCUCUUUGGCACCCGAAAGGUACACGAGGGAUCUUUGGCGGUAUCACCAUUGCGCAAAGUCUCAGCGCAGCCCAAAAAACCGUUAAAGGAGAGUUUGAUGCUCACUCAAUGCAUUGCACAUUUGUCUUUGCAGGCACUGCGUUUGCAACUAUCCAUUAUCAUGUUGAGAUAGUGCGAGAUGGGCGGACAUUCUGCACGCGAGCUGUCAGGGCAAUCCAAGACAAUCGUACAAUAUUCCUCGCAACAAUCAGCUUUGCUCGUCCACCACCUGAGUCAAUUACAAAUAUCCGCCACGCAGAGCGCAAUCCUCCGGCAGUUCCAAUACCGCAUGAUACUGGUCUCGAGUCCAAUAGCAACGAAGAAACAACGGGACUUCCAUACAUAAACCAGAGUGUUGGCAUGCUGCAUUCCAGUUCUGCUGAUCCAUGUGAUAAACGUCUGCAUCAAUGGAUCAAAACGCGUGGGAAGAUUUCACCCCAAGGUGGCUCCCGAGCGCAUCUAGCAGCAUUGGCCUUCAUGUCAGAUAGUUACUUCCUCGCUGGCCUACCGCAUGCUCAUAAUAUAUGGGAAUUUGUCAAUCCUCCUAUUACCGAGUCCUAUGAAUCUGAGGAACAGCUUGAAAUGCCAUCCCCGAUUCACACCAAGAUACUCAGGCCGCAUCUACAAGGGGGCGGGAGUGUGCCGGACCAGUCCCAUAGGGUUGGAAUGAUGGUCAGCCUAGAUCAUACCAUUUACUUCCACCAGGCUAAGCGAUUAAAAGCCGACGAAUGGCUAUUGACUGAAGUAAAGACCAAUUGGGCUGACAAUGGCCGUGGCGUGGUGUUGCAAAAAAUAUGGGCCCGUGAUGGUACGCUACUUGCGAGCUGUACUCAAGAGGGUGUUCUGCGACUUGAGGAUCGUCCAAGUAGUGUUCAAAUUUCGAAGGUGAACUCUCGACUCUGA